AUGGCCUCUAAGAAUGCGACACCGAUAAUUCCCUGCCAACGCCCCGGCUACGGUGAUGAAGGAAAUGGCUCAAGAAAGAAGACUGAGGUUUUGACAAACAGAUUCGAAAUGCAGAUGAAAAAUACAAUAUACUAUCAAUACAUAGUCGAAUUCUAUAGGCUCUCACGUAAUGAGGAUGAAAGUGAUCGCAGAGAUCUUCUUACUGGUGAGUCCGGCACCAAGAAAGAGCUCCGACGGCGCAUUUUUAAUGCUUUCCAAACACGCCACCAGUCAAUUAUUUUCCAACACGUUGGCGUUGCAUAUGAUGGCGGCAGUAUUGCUUAUACAACCUACAAGCUAAUUCUUGGAGAAAACGGUCAAAUGGGCGAACUCAUUGAGUUGAAUGAUGAUCAUAAUCAUGCUGGUAAACCGAAUGAGUACUAUAUACAUCUAAAAGAUCAUGACAACGAGCCGGAAAUCUCGCUUGAUGAUUUGAAGGCCGUUUUAACGAGCAGUAACUUUGAAUGGGACUUUUUCAAUAACCAAGGCUUGAAAAUGAUCAAUGCCUUUUUACAUCACAAUCCUGCUCUCUUAUAUACUCAAUAUGGCGAAUCAAUAUUUGACCGUGGGACUAGAAAAUCGCUUGGAGGUGGCGUGGAGUUGUGGCAGGGACUCUUUUCAAGUGCUCGUUUGGGCGAUAGCAAAGUCUAUUUGAAUGUGAAUGUGAAUCAUAUGACUGCUUAUGAGCCGAUUGACUUGGGAAAUUGGAUUUGCAAAUUUAUUGGUAAAGAGACGCUGCCGGAUAAAUUUAACCGACGAACACUUGACAGUAUAAACAGCGUCAUAAAGGAUAUCAAAGUCAAACCUCGCCAUCGCCCGGAAUGUAAGACCAAAUACAUCGUCUGUAAACUGCAUAAUAAAAAUGCGCACCAGGCUAAGUUUACCGACAAAGAUGGAAAGCAAAUAAGUGUCGCCGAGCAUUUUAAGAAUGCGUAUGGUGUAACAUUGACUACAGACCAUUUAAUCGAAACUAGCAAAGGAAGGUUCUACUUCCGAUUGAAUACUGGACAGCGAUAUCAAGAAAAGUAUUUGACCGGCAAACAACGCGCUCAAAUGAUCAAAAUAACAGCCAAACGUCCCGAUGCAAGCAAAAAGCUCAUUCUGGACGGCAUCAAGAAUAUACUGUUACUUAAACAAGGAGGUCUAUUCGAAAAAGCCGGUUUUACUGUCGAUAUGGAAAUGGCUCUCGUACCAGCCCAUUUCAAAGAAAUACCAGAACUCACCUUCUCCUCACCUUCUAACAAUCCUAAGAGUGUCAAACCGGAUGAGCGUGAUGCUACAUGGAAAUUGAAUGAUGUGAAAUUCAUCAAAGGGGGCGAGAACCUGCAGACGUUGUUCGCCAUUUCGUUUUUGCCGAAAACUUUCUCUCACUCAGUCCAGAAAUUCCUUCACAGAUUAGGCGAACAAGCUAGAAAGUUGGGCAUGGAAAUCUCAACAGAAGCUCCACAAGUCGUGUGUGUCCAAUGGGACAAUUAUAAUCAUGAUCAGGCUCAUGAAGAAAUUUCCAGAAUCUUGAAAGAUAAGAGAUCUAAGAGCUGUUUGCCCCAACUUGUUUUUUACAUUCUCGAAGAUAAAAAAAGGUUUUCCCAAGUAAGCACCGACCAAUAUAAUCUUGUCAAGGUAAUCAAUGAUACCGAAGUCGGUAUUUUAUCCCAAUGCAUCCAGCCUCCCCAUAUCAAAGAAAUUAAGACGGCGUACCUCUCGAAUGUCGCCUUAAAACUUAACCUGAAACUCAAUGGCAUAAAUUACACUAUGAACCUGCCUCGGAUAAAAGAAAAGCUAACGAUGUUUCUCGGAGCCGACGUCACUCAUCCACCACCGGGGUCAAAGGGAAUUCCAUCGAUUGCAGCAGUUGUCGGAUCCGUUGAUGAAUUUGCCGUUCAAUACGUAGAGAGACAUCGAGAACAGCAUAAAGAACCGAAGAACAGCCAGAAAACCGGUCGCGGUAAAGAAGAAAUCGACGACAUGGGUGAUUUGCUAUAUGAAAUUCUAUGUGAAUUCAAAGCUGUCCGCAAGUCGUUUCCGGAAAGCCUUAUAAUGUGCAGAGACGGUAUCAGCGAAAGCCAAUUCCAAUCUUUGGCAUUGGAAAGGGAACUCCCUUCUAUAAAAGCGGCAUGCCAUAAAGUGGAUCCGGAAUAUAACCCGUCGAUUACCUAUAUCGUCGCUUGCAAAAGACAUCAGACAAGAUUCUAUCCUAAGCAGCCGGAAGAUGGUGACAAAAACAAAAACGUAAAACCCGGAUUGACCGUUGAACGUGACAUCACUCACCCGCAGUUUUUUGAUUUUUAUAUCAAUUCACAUUCGAGUCUUCAAGGAACUUCACGUUCUUGUCGUUAUUGUGUACUCUACGAUGAGAAUGGGUUUGCAGCAGAUGAGAUUCAGGACCUUUUGAAUAAGCUGUGUUUUAAUUUCCAAAGAACACCGAGAGCCGUCUCCAUUCCUGCGCCAACUUAUUAUGCACAUUGCGCCGCGAAGAGAGCGCGAUCACAUAUGGUCGACGGACAACUGCGUAUGACCCAGUCGGAUUUGACAAGUCGAUAUCCCAUGUAUUACGUCUAA